CAGAUGCAGCCCAAGCCGCAAGGAGGCCACAAGGAGCGGACGGCUUUCAUGGGCAGCCUAGCAGUACGGCAAGUGGGAUGGGACCCAACCCCCAAUCGGCAGCAGGAGGCAGCAGCUUGGAAGGAGGCUUUGGUGAUCUGGCGGGAGGCGAUGGUGGCUUGGACGCUGGUGCUAGGAGGCAGCAAGAGCUUGGAGCAGCAAGCGGCCAGGGUGAUGCAAACAUGGAUGGUAGCAUGCACGGGGGGUACGGCGCAUACAAUGCAUAUCAUGAGGGUGGUGACGGCGAGUUUGCGGAUGCAGAGGAUGGCCAGGGCCCGUUGAGGGGCAUGGGCGACGAUGAGGGGGG